AUGGAAGAAAUUAUUGUCAUUGCGCACCCUUUAAGCGGUGAAGGGCUUUCACAAGCCAGUAAAGUCCUGCAGGGCAAAGAACUGGAGCGAAAGUUUGCCGCCAACAUCGGCGCAACCCUCGCUCAGGAACCAGGCAUACACUCGGCGCAGUUUGGCAACGCCGUUGGGCGCCCCGUAAUUCACGGACUUGGCGGCCCUCGCGUUCGUAUUAUGGAAGACCGUAUCGAUACAUUAGAUGUAUCUGUCACCAGUGCUGAUCAUGCGGUCAGCAUUGAACCUUUCAUUGCGGAUCGAAUCGAGGUUCUCAAAGGUUCAAGCACCCUGCUGUAUGGAUCCGGCGCGAUUGGUGGUGUCGUAGAUGUACACACCGGUCGUAUUCCGCACAAUCUUACCGAUCAGCCAAUCAGCGGCGGCAUCGAGAGCCGCUACAACGACAAUACCCAGGGUAAUACGACCGCUGCAAAAGUAAACGGCAGUAUUGGCCAGGUCGCCUGGCAUCUGGACGGUACGUGGAAAGAUGGCGAUGACUACGAAAUUCCUGGUUUCGCUGAAUCAGCCCGCCUUCGAGCUUUGGAGGCUGAAGAAGAAGGUGAGGAUGGAGAAGAGGAAGCUCGCGGUACAUUGCCUGGCAGCGCAUUUGAUGCCAAGUCUUACGCCGGCGGUUUAGCUUAUAUCGCUGAUUGGGGAUUGAUUGGCGCAUCCGUCAGCCGCUCGGAUGCCGAGUACGGCUUACCUGGCGGGCACGGUCAUGCCGAAGAAGAAGGUGGCGAAGAAGAGGCAGAAGGCACACCGCUGCUGGACAUGGAACAAACCCGCACCGACGUUGAGCUUGCCAUCAAAGAUCCCUUUGCAAACUUCACCAGCUUGAAUUUACGCCUGGGUGUCAACGACUACGAACAUAAAGAGAUUGAACCCAGCGGCGAAGUCGGCUCUGUAUUCACCAAUAAAGCGUGGGAACUACGCGGCGAGUUAAUCUACGAACAAGCUCGAUGGAAGGGCGCAUUUGGCCUGCAACACACCGACAGAGAAUUCUCUGCGGUUGGUGAGGAAGCCUUUGUGCCACCCGUCGAUACAACGGAUACCGGUCUGUUCUGGGUUGGUGAGCGCGAGUUUGAAAACUUCAGCCUGGAGACAGGCGUUAGAAUUGGCCGCGUAGAGCAUAAACCCAGUGUUGGCCCUGAUCAGGACUUUACGCCCUUUGCCACAUCAAUCGGGCUGGUUAUACCAUUUUCGGAUGGCUGGACUUUAGGGUUACUCGCAGACUACUCCUCCCGCGCGCCCGUCGCCGAAGAGCUCUACUCCAAUGGGCCUCACCUGGUCACCAAUGCAUUCGAGUUAGGUGAUCCGGAUCUUGACAGUGAAAAGGCAGCCAAUCUGUCUGCAACGCUCAGCUAUCGCGCUGACACCUGGAGCCUAUCCGCAACAACUUACUACACGCGCUUUUCCGACUUUAUAUAUGAACAGUCCAACGGCGAUAUUGAAGACGGCCUGCCCGUGUUUAUUUUCCAACAGGAAGACGCCACCUUUGCGGGGGUUGAUCUUGAAGUCUCUGCGCGCGUUGCACAGUGGGACAACGGUGAACUUAUGCUGCGCGGCAUGUUCGACUGGGUCGACGCGGAAGUUGAUGUCUCCGGCAACGAUAAUCUGCCACGCAUUCCACCACUGCGCUAUGGAUUAGGUGUCGAGACCACUUUUGGUCUGAUCACCGCGUCUCUGGACUACCUUAAUGUGAAUCGACAGAAUGAUGUUUCACAGCGGGAGCUGGUGACGGACAGCUACAAUGACUUACGCGCCUAUGUCGGCAUGGAGAUCCCCGUGGCUGACGGCAGCCUCAACCUGUUUGUCAACGGUAAAAAUCUGACUGACGAUGAGCAGCGUUAUCAUACGUCUUUUAUCAAAGACUUCGCCCCGGCACCGGGACGAACCAUUGAAGCGGGCGUUCGCUUUAUCUUCUAA